UUUGAGUUGGUUGCGUCAAGCUUGAAGCUGACAGGAUGCUGAGAUCAGAGGGCGAAUUCCAACCUUGCUGCCUUGAUUGAGGACAUCAUUUGAUCAGAAUACUGUCACUUUAGUGCAUGUUGGCCUUGCUGGUAAAGGAGGAAUUGCUUUAUGAGCUCGUAUGCGCUUGUUAGCGUGAACAUUUCUGUCUUUUGAAUGAAUAUUGCCUGGCUAAAAGCAAACCUGCGCUGUGGACACAAAAGCUCUUACAUUGCGAGUUGAUGCAGUGCUUGCUGAGGAUCAGCGAGGCUGUGGGAGAUCCUUUCAAGUAAUUCGGCGAAUCCGAUGUCCAAAGAUAACCACUUCUCUCCCGGUCUGUCCGGUGCGUAAAAGCGGGCACGGUGUCUCUCUAAACUCCACUCUGAGAGCAUUUAUCGGAAUGAAAACGAAAAUAUGCUUUUUGCGAUUUUGCUGAAUUUGACAAGGGGAUUAUCUACGGUACGGCUGCUACCUGCUUACUUGCCUGCCUAUUUGGGUCACUUGCUUAGCUCCAACGCGUUUUUAUUAGGCUACAGAUUCCUGGCCUGUUGAAUUCAUCGUUAUCCUUCCUUCAUGUCGCAUUGGAAUAACUUAAUCUAUCAUGGAUUUGAUUUUCUUUACAAAGUCACCGUUUAGGCUCGGUUUAGACAUCCUAUAGACACUUUAGAGUGCAAUCGAACCCACGUAGAAGCGCAACACCAAGAGGGGAACAUGGACAGAAAUGCUCCAGACGGACCGUUGCUGGAUGACUUGAGCAAACUCACGGACGAGGAGCUCUCUAGGCUCGGAAAAGAUGAGCUCAUCAGGAAGCUACGGAGAACGGAUAACGAGAAAAUGAACUUAAUGGUGGAGCACGGGAACAUGAUGAAAGACGUGAACCGGAGACUACAGGUCCACCUUCACGAGAUCCGCAGCCUCAAGGAGAUCAACCAGAAGCUGCAGGACGACAACCACGAGCUCCGGGAGCUCUGCUGUUUCCUGGACGACGACAGGCAGAAGGGCAAGACGCUUUCUCGGGAGUGGCAACACUUCGGCCGCUACACCGCUGGAUCGAUGUGGAAGGAUGUCGGGGUGUACCAUCAGAAGCUGAAGGAUCUGGAAGCCAACCAGGGCUCUGUGAUGCGGGAGAACCUGGAACUGAAGGAGAUCAUUCUGAUGUUGGAGGAGGAGAGGAACGGAGCCGGGUCACGGAGCUCUAUAGACUCCCAGUCCAGCCUGACCAACCUGAACGGGGGCACCAGAACCAUUAGGGACGUCGGGGACGGGAGUAGUACCUCCAGCACUGGCAGUGCCGGUAGUCCUGACCACAACCACAUACACACGCCGGCCGAGGGGAAGAUAGCGUCCCUGCGGAGGUCUAUGGACGACCUGUCGCCGGUGUCAUACAUCCACAGGAGCAUCCCUAAUGAACUGCAUGGUAACUACAUCAGGCAAAUGGAGACCAAGGUCCUGGAGGAUGACAACAAGCAGCUUCUAUCACAGCAGUCUAAAAGUGGUGAUCUGAAGAGUCUGAGGAAGGGCUUCUACCACUCUGAGUCUCAGCUCUCACAGUACCAGCAAGACCCACUGCAGAAUGGCUCUGGUAGGUCCCCCAGUGGUAAGCCGUCCCCCCCAGCAGACUACCUCCCAGUGGGCCAGAAGCCAGAGGCUGUGGUCCAUGCCAUGAAGGUACUGGAGGUCCAUGAGAACCUGGAGAAGAAGAUCUCUGAAGACUACGACGAAGACCUCAGUGAGAAGGAGAAGGCCAUCGUCAGGGAGAUGUGUAAUGUGGUGUGGCGUAAACUAGGGGACGCUGCAGGAUCCAAGCCUUCCAUCCGCCAGCAUCUCUCUGGGAACCAGUUCAAAGGGCCCUUGUAGUCCUUAAGACCACAUUAACCAGCGCACAGCAGCACUCAGACGAGACAAACGGACAGACAGACAAAUGAACAACAACAACCAUGGACCCGCAGCACUGAGUGCACAAACAAGGGGCACAUCUCAAAUGACACCCUCCUAUUUUCUCAGCACUGUGUGACCGUGGCUAAAUGAUCCCCACAAACUCUAGCCUGAACCCAAACCUCUGUGCUUAGCCUCCCCUAACAUUGUCCCCUGGUGAAUAUAGGAAUGUAGGCUACACCUGACCUGGGUAGUGGGUACAGUCAAUCUCAGUUUAGAUCGGACAAAAUAGGCUGCGCCGAUGAAGGGUUAAAAACAGUGGUUGGCAAUCCUAUAGCCUCUGACCACGUUGGCUCUCAUUUUCUGUUUAUUUCAAGACAAUUGUACAUGUUGAAUGACACACCGUUCGUCAAUACCCAGCAGGUAAUCUAGUGCCCACGGCCAACGUUGGUUAUGGUGUCUUGUCAUUAAAGAGAAGGAAGAGGAGGAUAAACUGCCCCUUACAACCAGUCACUACACCUGAGCUACAGUACUUUACCUGACCCUCUGCCAUCUCCAACCAACGUCUGUUUUGGUGUUUGUAAAUGUUCACCUACCAAGUGUUCAAGACUGACAACCACUCCAGGACAAACCAUUCUACUAUUCUCAAGUCAAGGCCCUGAUAUGUUCUGUUCUUGCCUUUACUUCCAUUACUUUUCCAUUCAACAGCAACUGACUGGCAACUCCUUACAACAUAGAUGAGGACAAAUACUGGAAAUCACAUGAUGUCAUUUCCUUCAGUGUAGAAUCACAAGCCAUAGGUUUAUACAACGUGAAACCUAGCUGCUGUAGGAUGCUGUUUAAUAAUGUAGUCCUCUUUUGUCUGAGAUAAGUAUGUGUACAAAUGUAGACGGAAAUCCUUUCAAAGUGUUAAACUAAAUUCUAGCUCUAAAGUAGGUUGUUUAACAAAACGUAGUGCUAUUAUUUUACCUGUUGUUUUUAGUGUUCAUGUUUGUUUGUGCCUCAAAUGGCAUCCUAUUCUUUAUACCAACACUAUAUAGGGAAAAGGGUGACAUUUGGUAUGCACACUUUAUAACCAAGUACAGAAAGUGGCACACCGAGUGCAGUUGCAUAAAUGUACUCCCAAGGCAGAAAGCUUAUAGCCUGGGGGCCAGUCUGCUUAGCCACUCCUGAAAACUCCUUAUAGAACUGUCAUGACAAACAUGAUACAGUGACAGCAAUGGAGUUGGUAAAAGCACAAACAGUUCUGGGACCAGACUAGAAGGCUGUCAUACUAUUAACUGAAACAUGAACUCAAGGGAAGGUUACGGUUCAUGCCUAAUAUACUGUCGCUUCUGAUGAUUUAUCAUGGAUCAGAAAGUCAGACUCUUGCUAGAUGGAAGUGGGACUUUUCACUUACAAAUCUGCAGAUCUUAUAUAUGACAAUCGUUGAAACGGUUUGAAAACAACUUAUUUUGACCAGUCCUAAGUAUUCUCUAUGAGCUCUUGCCCAUUCAACCUCUGAAUGGCACACAUACACAAUCCAUGUCUCAAUUGUCUCAAGGCUUAUCCAUCUUUAACCUGUCUCCUCCCCUUCAUCUACACUGAUUGAAGUGGAUUUAACAACUGACAUCAAUAAGGGAUCAUAUCUUUCACCUGGAUUCACCUGGUUAGUCUAUGUCAUGGAAAGAGCAGGUGUUUUUAAUGUUUUGUACACUCAAUGCAUGUAUACUGAGUUCUCGGAGCUGGAUCCUAUGUAUACUUUAUAAGGUGUCUUAGCUGGCUCCUGUACAUUAUGACAUGUGUUAGGCCUGUGUAUGCUGUAUGAAGUCUCAUAGAUUAUCACUGUACAACCAGUCAGUCUAGCAAUCCUAGGCAAGUCUCAUACAAUUCUUAUGUAUGCUCAAUGAAGUCUCAUAGAUGAUCACUGUGCGUAAUUAAGUCUCCUAGGGUCCCUAUGUAUGCUGUGUGAAGUCUCAUAGAUGAUCACUGUGCGUAAUUAAGUCUCCUAGGGUCCCUAUGUAUGCUGUGUGAAGUCUCAUAGAUGAUCACUGUGCGUAAUUAAGUCUCCUAGGGUCCCUAUGUAUGCUGUAUGAAGUCUCAUAGAUGAUCACUGUGCGUAAUUAAGUCUCCUAGGGUCCCUAUGUAUGCUGUAUGAAGUCUCAUAGAUGAUCACUGUGCGUAAUUAAGUCUCCUAAGGUCCCUAUGUAUGCUGUAUGUAGUCUCAUAGGUGUCAUCUCUAUGUGAGGUCUUCCAGCGGAACUUCAGUGUACAAUACACUAUAUAGCUAAAUGAAGCUUCAUAGCUGUGUUCUAUACUCUACGGUGGCUCCUAGCCGAUUUCUGUGUAUUUGAGUCACCUCAGUAUUGUACGGGGUCUUUUAGGUGACAUUACCUAUAUAACACCGUCAUAAGACUGACACAAGACGUCAUUAAGAGUUUUAACAGACAGAUGUCAUUAGGAGUAAUAACAUCUAUGUAUAUCCUAAUCUCUUCUUUAUAGGGAGUUGUACAAUGCAGGUACAAUGAAUGAAGUGUCAUAGCUGUGCUGAGUUCUAUGUACAUGCAUAUGUUAGGCCAGUGAAUACUGUAUAUGAGCACUCAGAGUCUAUAUACUGUAGGAGUAAUAUUGGCUAGGUUGAGUUCUGAAUAGGCAGUUACAAACUGUGUUAAAAGAAACUUGCUGUAUUCUCAAGGAUUUGUGUUCUAAAAUCUGAACAAAAGGUUUGUUGUCAGAUUGGUAAAUUAUUCUGAAUUGAGUUUGACACAUUGUCAAUCUAUUUUGGGGUAUAAUAAAUGUAUACCCCAAUUGUUAUUAUACAGAAGGGUGUGUAUAAAUGUAUGUUUACACAAAAAAUAUUCUCAUUUUAUUGAUAGCAGAAGAGCGGCUGUGUUCAUCCCAAAUGGCACCCUAUAAAGUGCAUUACUUUUGACCAGAUCCUCUUUUUGCCCUGGUCAAAUGUAGUGCACUAAAUAGGGAAUAGACUACCAUUUGGGAUUAAUUUGCUGUGUUUCAGUGUGGAGGAGUCUGGAUGCAGCUGGCUGUGUGUCUGAUCUGACUUGUAACAUAGAAGAACUGUAUGAACAAAAUGAGCAGCAAAUCAACAAGGAAGAUAAAUGUCUUUGAAUUGAGGACUGCUAUAAAAUCAUUACUGUUCUGUACGGUGUUGUUGUUGUUGUAAUAGUUAGGCAUUGAUGACUAAGGAGUUUCAUAAUGGAAAAAAACGUACAAAUGCGUGUCUAUACACACACUCAGUCUUCACGAAUUAAAACUUUAGCAAAAGUUUUUUUUAACAGUCUACACGCAACUUACUAUAUGUUCAUUUGAAAGCACAAAGUUCGGAUUUAAAGUUUGACCAUUUUCCUUUUGUUACAUUCAAAUGCACUGCUUAUUUUCUGAAUAAGGCAUCUACGUGGAACCUGUGAUGAAAUUCUAUGUUCUCUUUUUUGCCUCUUUCACUGUGGUACACAGUUUACGUUGUAUCCUAGGAUAUGCACAGUUGAAGUUGUAUCCUAGGAUAUACACAGUUGAAGUUGUAUCCUAGGAUAUACACAGUUUAAGUUGUAUCCUAGGAUAUACACAGUUUAAGUUGUAUCCUAGGAUAUACACAGUUUAAGUUGUAUCCUAGGAUAUACACAGUUUAAGUUGUAUCCUAGGAUAUACACAGUUUAAGUUGUAUCCUAGGAUAUACACAGUUUAAGUUGUAUCCUAGGAUAUACACAGUUGAAGUUGUAUCCUAGGAUAUACACAGUUUAAGUUGUAUCCUAGGAUAUACACAGUUGAAGUUGUAUCCUAGGAUAUACACAGUUUAAGUUGUAUCCUAGGAUAUACACAGUUUAAGUUGUAUCCUAGGAUAUACACAGUGCUGUGUACAUAAAUACCUGCUGCUCCUGUAGCAUACCUGCAACCAGCCCGCCUAUGUUUUCCCACAACCUGUAUGUAGCUGAAAAUGUAUAUUUUAGCAAAUUGUAAAAUGUGAAAAUUGAAAUAAGCUGCUUUUAUAUGAUUUUGAAAUAAAAAUUGAGUUUAAGUUUUAAACCCUCA